ACUCCUCAUCCCCAACCCCACCUCAGAGCCCACACCCUCAGCCAGAGCCCUUAUCUCCCAUACACCCACACACCACAUUGUGCAAUAUCGGGAAACUGUUAAAUGCUUACUGUUUCCAGUCCACUUUUAUGUUAUAUAAAAAUAUAUAUAUUGGCAUACAAGGUGGGGGGGGGAGGGCGAGACUUGGACCCAUUCUGGGCACCACCAAAAGUUAUACUGGCGCCUAUGCUUGCACCAGAUAUAGAUAACUCCAUUUAUUUUUUGGGAAUGAAUCCUCCAGCACCAUCAGAGAUGGGCCAUUCAAGUUGGCUGCUAGAAACCACCCUCUCUAUUGAUCUCGCUAGCCAUUCAUUGGGGCUGUGAAAUUGAACUGAGCUACAUAAGCCUCCCAGGGAGUUUUCCCCUCACAGAUAAUGGGGAUUUUGUACCACUUGAGUAGGAACAAUCCAACCUCUCCUGUCUGGGCCUGUGUGGGCUACAAACAGGAUCGAGAACUGUUGUAAAUAUCCUGUCUUUCCCAAGCUCUCUGGCUGGCCUGAUUCCUCGCCAUGGCUUUUCCUGUGGCCUGUGACCUUUUGAUUUCCUUCUGAAGCUAAUUUUUUAGCUCCUAAAGUUCUCAGUGUUGCUUAUCUGUGUUAGCAAGUGCUAAGUUGGCCAAAGCUUUUUUGACCUUCCCUGGUUCCUGGAAUACCCUCUCCUCCUUCUCCUCUUGCUGGUCACAUUCUGGAUCCACCUUGCCAGUCCAGACUGAGAGUUUCUGUAGUUGGGCUGCCAAAUUGCCAAGACACUUUGUAGCUGCUGCCCUGAUGAACAUUUUAUUUCAGCAGCAUUUCUCAGUCAUUGCUAGGCAACCUCCAGAUGUCACUUAAUUCCUUUCACUAAAUCUCCAGCUUCUGUUUUAAAUUCUUUUGAGACAUCUUCAGCUCUUGUUGUAAAUGUUGUUUUAAUUCCUUUUGGCCAUCUCUGAUUUCUGCAAGCACUUCCAUUAUUUCUUCCCUCUUGGUUCCACAGGAAUACGAACUCAUAAUUUCUCUCCUUGGAAACUCUAUCCCAGUGCUGACACCAGUGUUGCCUAUUUGACCAAGUGGUUGGCCAGUAUUUGUGGCCUCGCUGAGUUGUUUCCAUUUGAACGAGAAAUUGAUUAUAUGAGUCAGGUACUUCUUCAGUUCAGUCCUCUUUAUUUACAGAGAAUGUCCACGAUGUGGACAUGAGCAACACAUCUUGAAGAACAGUUACGGAAGGUAGGUAACCAUUUUUUCUGCUACCCUAAAUUGCACUGUAUCAAAUGGAUACAGGAGUUCUCUUUGCUUCCCGUCCUUUGCUGAAGGGUUGCUGUGGGCUGUUAAAUAUCUAUGGUCUUCCACCUCAGAGUAGAGCCCUGCAGCAGGACCUGGAUCCCAUGGGUCCCACAGGACCCGUUGCCAUAAUAGCAGGAGUGGGUGGGAGUAGGAGUGGGUAUUGCGGGGUGGGACAGGAGCAGGAUUAAAAAUUGUCCCACACAGGCCUCUAGCUCAGAAGUUGCUGUGUUUCAGUGCUGGAUGUAUGGAUGACAUAUAUUCCCAUGAUGAGGCUGGGCUGCAGAUGAUGGAGAGAAGAAAACUGAGAGGAACAAGGUGAACUUGAGGAGUUGUGGAAAGAUGUAACUGCUGAUUUCCUUGCUUUUUAUGGUUUGCACUGAUGAGAUAUGCACCUCAAAGCAUAUUUAAUAAAUAGGUAGCAUGGCUGAUAGCUUGUCACAUGGAGAGUGAUCUGUAUUGUUAUGUAUCACCCCCUUUAUACCUCCCCUGUGCUUUGACAUGGGCUCCCCUGCCAGACCUGGUAAUUGUUGCUCCAUCCUGGUAGUUGCCAAAAGCAGCUAUAAGAAGCUCCAUGGGGAAUCCAGGAAGAAUGAAGCUCUAUGAGAGGGGACAUGGGAGGAAGCACAGCUUUGCAAUGGGGCCAGGAAGGGAAGCAGUGCCGUGAGGGACAUGAGGCUGCACUUGUGCAUGGGUCAUCAGAGAAGAGCUUCACCUCCACUGCUCUCUUCCCCCUCCUUCUGCCAUUCCCAGGCCAAGCCACACACAACCCUGCUUAUCCACACAGACACUCACUUCCCUUGGGCUUUCCAGUGAGCUGCUGCAUGAUAUGCUAGAGAAACUACGAGGGGUGAGCAAGGAUAUGGGGCUCGCCAGGGGGUGACUGAGGAGGUAGGGGGGCAGGGUUCUAGGGGUGGCCUGGGAUGGAAGAAUUGUCUAGUGAUUCAGGAGGAAGGCUGGUUCAGCGAUUAAGAUGCUACCCUAGGACUUGGGAGGUCUGAGUUCAAAUCCCUGCUCUGCUGCGGAGUUCCUGUGAGACCCUGAGCAAGUCAUUUCAUUUCUCAGGAGUCAGUCACCAUUGUACAAUGGGGACAAUACCUCAGAAGCGUGUGGGGAUAAUACACUAGUGAUUAUGAGGCACUCAGACACAACAGUGAGGGAGGCCAGACAAGCACCUCAGAGGAAUGAGACCUGGGAAGCCAGUACCUCUUUGGUGAGGCACUAGCACUUAUCAGGCUCCCCUAGCACUGCUGCCUCCACUCCCUGUGCCCAAGACAAAAGCUAAACUCCAGACAGGUCUUUCAACCGCUAAUCAUGUAAUUCAUUUGCCUGGCCUAGUCUCACCCCCCUGAGUCCAAGUGCUGCUGGUUGCUUGCAUUUCUCUGCAGGAUCUGGGAGUUCCCUAAUGACUUUCCCCUUUUCCACACUGAGGUCUCUCUCCCUGUGUUGAAUUUUAGGUUCUCUUCCCCUAACAGUGAGUGGUGGGAUGGGGGGGGCCUGUUUCUGGCUGGCUGUCUAUCCCAUUGACUCAGUGAAGUCUCGGAUCCAGGUGCUUUCCAUGGCAGGGUGGCAAGAUGGCUUCCUGCUCUUCCUUCUUCACAUCCUGAGGACAGAAGAUUCCUGUAUGUACCACCCAGGUGUUCCCAUAUUCCAUGAUGCCCUGAAGGGCUGGUCUUGUUGCAAGAAACGAACCACAGACUUCUCAGAAUUCCUCUCCAUAAAGGGCUGGAUGAAGGGGUGUCACAGCAAUGAGAAGCCCCCCGAGCCCUUCCGGCCAGAGGAUAGCUCAGACAAGCUGAAGGCCAAGCCAAGCACAGAACUCAUCGUCCAAAGCCCAAAAUCAGCUGAGAAGAUGCAGCGUGAAAGGCCAAGCUCUGAUGAGCCAAGACAGCCACUGCUGAUUAAAGUGUCUAGGUCUCUGGAGCAGACCCUGGAGAAGCUAAAGCUGGCCUCCAAAAACCAAUGCCCAGAGGGAGGUUCCUUGUGCAGAGCAGAGGCCAUUCCAGAGGUCAGGACUGGCACCACCUGUAAGAACUCAGGCUGUAAGGCGCUCUACAAGGGGGCAGAGAAUGAGAUGGAGGCUUGUAUUUUCCACCCCGGAAUUCCUGUCUUCCAUGAGGGUAUGAAGUACUGGAGUUGCUGUGGCAUUAAAACUACAGACUUCAGUGCGUUUCUGGAGCAAGAGGGCUGCAGCACUGGGAAACACAGCUGGCUAAAGAAGGAGGAUACGAAGUUGGUGUCUUGUCGACAAGACUGGCAUCAAACCAGCAGCCAAGUGGUGGUGACAAUUUAUGCCAAGAAUCCUCUGCCAGCACUCAGCUCUGUGAUGGCCAGUCGCACUGUGAUUGAUGUCCAUAUCAUGUUCGAAGGUGACAAGGUUUUCCAGGCAAAGCUGGAUCUCUGGGAGGUCAUUGAUGUACAGAAGAGCUUUGUAAACAUGGUGCCCACAAAGGUGGAAAUCACCCUGCAAAAGGCUAGCCCCAUGACCUGGGCCAAACUGGAGCAUCUCCAGAGCAGAUCUCAGCCCAAACAAGACCAGACCGAGAAAGAUCCAGUGGAUGCUGAGGACCCCGAAGGAGUGCAAUGGGAGGAGUCAGAUGAUAGCUUGAGCUGGUCAGAGGAGGCAGAUGAGGAGCAGGAGGAAGGAGCAGUAAGCAAAUGACACUCAUGUAGUGUCUUCAAAACAGAGAUUGAAGUCUCUUUCUUUCAAAGACAAGCAUGUGGGACCCCAGAACCAUCUCCAGGUGAGCAGAUUGAAUUCCCUGGAGACUGAGGGCCAGCUCUGAAUUUAAAGCUGCUAGAGACACUGCCUCCCAAGUGUAAAGAGUUCAGCUCACCUAUGUCUCUCUGACAGUGUCUACACUACAAUAUUUCUUGUACACUUGGGAAGAAGUUAAAGAGCAGCUACUAAAGUUUGACAUUUUUAAAUCAGCAUUCAGGAGUUUAAAAAAAAUCUGGCUGAGGAGCUCACUGGACUGUUAAUGUUAGUUUUCAUUAAGUCCUGAAAAAUCCCAGAAGUUCUAAAACACUGGAGGAAAGCUAAUGUUGUGACAGUAUUCAAGAAGGUAAAUCAUAUAACUUGGGUAAUUAUGGGCCUGCCAGUAUGACAUUGAUCCCAGGAAAGAUAAAGGAGCUGCUGAUAUGGGACUUU